CAAGAGUAGAUAUCUCCAGAAAGAACUCAGGCAGAACGGCUGGCUGCCUUGGGUCACAUGUUCUGCAUCAGGUGACAAAAUCACAGUACACCCUUGUCUUAGCUUUCUCCAGGAUGGAUUGGGUUUUAUGCCUUCCUCCUAGUUGAGCAUCAUGUUCACUCCUCCUCCUCUUCUUUUGACAUGCUUUCGUUUUUUGGUCCAUGGUGGCCUCAAACUCAUGGCAAUCCUCCCUCCUGCCUCAGCUUCCUUAGACCUAGAAUUACAAGCAUGUUGCCAUCAUAUCCAUCUGUUAUCCCUUAUCUCCAAACAUGUCCCAUGGAUAAGCUCUGAGAAGAAUGCUUCUCCAACACUCCUGAGCCAUAUCUACCAGCCCAGCCACAUUAGGAGAUUGUAAUCUGUGAUUCCAGCUUUAUAAUUUAUAGUUAAUUAAGGGGUAGACACUGUACCUAUUCCUAUUGGGGUAGAUAAGGCAGAGGGAGCGGGAUACUCAUGGCGUUCAGUUGGAGAAAGGAGGACAAACUCGGCUGAAAAACUCUCUUGGGGUUGGCUGAUUUGGCUGCCAGGUGUUAUGGGUGAGAUGUUUAUAACCAGAUCUUAGCAGUUUCUCUUAUGAUUCAGGGGAAAUAGCAUGCCUCUCACGUGCUCUGUGGAGUGUUUAUUAGUCCCUGCUCCCUUCAAGAAGGCGUCACUCUGGAGUUUUGGGACAAUUCUAGGACCACCGUCUAAUUCCACAGUGAGCCGCCUAAGACGUCUGUGUUACUUACGUCACAUAUAUAAAUAAUUUCGAUAAGAAUUAGGGCCUGAAUAAUUGAUUUUCUUCACCAGUUAGAAGCCACACAUAUAGAAGACCCCACCGAAGAUGUUGGAUACAUUUUCUACCAAAAAUUACUUUUGUAUUUUCAAGGACAAGAGAAAGUUUUUCUUCUCCUUCUUGAAUUUGAUUGAAAAUCAAGGGCUUUUCCCACUAAUUUUGGCAUGCAGGAACAUUUCUCGAUAAAAGGUAAAAAGUCAGGUGGAAUCCGAGUCCCCUUGGGUCACCUGGUGUAGCAACCUGAGCGAUUCUGUAGUGAGCACAUAAGUAAGUUUCUACUUUUGGGGGGAAAAGAAACACAAACGCCCCUCCUCUAGGGGCGGGGGAGGUGCCUGGGGAUGCACCAAUCACAGCGCGCCCUGCUCUAUAUAAGCCACCCCUCCCCCAGGACCCCCUGCGCUGUUGAUGCUCUUUAUACUUUUUCUCACGGGGUGUAUUUCUUGACGUAUUCUUGGCUAUGUCGGAAACGGUUCCUGCUGCCUCAAGUAGCCUUGUCCCAGUUCCUGUCGAGAAACUUCCAUCUAAAAGGCGAGGAAAGAAACCUGGCCUGGCUGCUGCUCGCAAACCCCGGGGUUUCUCGGUUUCCAAGUUGAUUCCCGAGGCCCUUUCGAUGUCUCAGGAACGGGCGGGAAUGUCCCUUGCUGCCCUGAAGAAAGCCCUGGCUGCGGCUGGCUAUGACGUGGAGAAGAACAACAGCCGUAUCAAGUUGGCCCUCAAGAGACUUGUGAAUAAGGGGGUUCUGGUGCAGACCAAGGGCACCGGUGCCUCCGGCUCCUUCAAGCUCAGCAAGAAGGCGGCUCCUGAGAAUGCCAAGGGUAAGGUCAAGAAAUCUGCUUCUGCCAAGGCCAAGAAGCUGGGCUUGUCCAAGGCCUCGAGAUCCCCCAAGAGCACGAAGGCCAAGGUUGUCAAGAAGCCAAAGGCCACUCCCACAAAAGCAUCAGGGAGCAGACAGAAGACCAAAGGCACCAAGGGUGUACAGCAGCGGAAAAGCCCCGCCAAGGCGAGGGCAGCCAACCCCAAUGCUGGCAAGCCAAAGAUGGUCCUGCAGAAGACCGACCUGAGGAAGGUAGCAGCAAAGAAGUGAGCUUCAAAGCCAGCUUAAAAAAACCCAAAGGCUCUUUUAAGAGCCACUUCCAUUAUUUUCAAAAUGGCAAAACACUUUAAACAAAACGAGGUGGACAGUGUCUUCAGGUGGAUCUGUCUUCUAAACCCUGGAGUUAGUUAAAACGUUGGGAGGUCUCUAGAUGUAUCAUAUUUACAGACUUGAUUGGGUAUUAGUGCUUUCACAUUAGCAUAAAGGUCACUAUAAGUGUAUUUUAUCCUAGAAACGCCACCAUAUCAAGGACAGAAGUAGAGUUCAGUAGUAGCUGCCACUUUGACCAAAUACUGUAAUUUACCCUUUAAAACACCAUUAACCGCUGGGAACCCAGAUGUUUAGACUCAAGUUUUUGCAGUUUGUCAUUAACGAUCCAUUUUUGUUCCAUUUUACAAAAUGGUUUAAUGCUAUUGGCCUAACAGUUACAGUUGAAAUGUUUUGUAUAUUUUAUGAAAAUAACUAGGCUUCAGGAGACCGACUAGAGCAGUAUUAAAAAGAACCCCAUUCUUUUAGGAAAAUGGUUUUAUGCCUUAAGGAGUGCCACAAAUAUUAAUUCAUAUUCAUCGAUUUUAGGCCUUGGUUUGAGGAGUGACUAAAGACCAUAGCUGGGCGGCUUGUUUAAUGAAGAUGCUCUUGAAGACCAGAGCCUGGAUACCAGAACACUGCAAUUCCAGUUUCCAGGGAAUCCGAUACACACACAAGAACUUAAAAUGAUAUAAAGCCAUCAUACACUAUGCGAUUCGUGUAUAAAAUGACCCUUCCCA